GUUACAGUAAAAUGGAGUGUGGGUUAAGGGGGAGAGAGAUAAAAACGUUUUUGUCGUUUGUGCAUCCACCUGUCCACUGUCACUGUUCCAGUCUCUCUGCUUCUCUGCUCAUUCCAAAUGGAACGCCUCUUUUCCGUUCAAAUUUCAUCAUUAUAACAAACAACCCCUCCCUCACCCUUCUAGUACGUUUCUCUUUCUCUUUCUUUUUCAAUUUCAUACUUAGGUUUUCAUCACUCUUUUUCUAUCCAUCUAUCCUACAACCAACUCUUGCAUUUUAUUCAAUACCAAUCACUAACUCUUCAGUUCAUCUUGUCUUUAUUAAUUUCCCUAAUUUCUAGGCUUUUUCUGAUGGAGUUGAAUGCAAAAUCUCCUUCUUCACAGUGGGAAUGUGAUAAUAACCUAACAUUUUUCAAUAUAAAAGCAAUUGAAAAUCCAAAAUUACAACCACUGAAUCAGAGUAUCGAAUUAGACCGAGAAAACAAUGUCGGGCUGUUCGAUACGUCUACACCCGGUAGAAGUGGUUGCUCUGGGUCUGAGUUAAUUCAUGAUUCUACAUCAAGGUGUUCGAAAUCAGUUUCAAUCGGUUCAUCAUGGAAUUGGGAUAAGGGUAAUAGCAAAACAUGUGUAUUUGCUUUUGAAAAUUCCCAUGAUUCCAAUGAUAAAAUGGAAUUAUCUAAAGAAGAUUCAAUUGAAAAUUCUAAUGCGCCAGGGGUUUCUUUGGUAUCUGGUGAACCAUUGCUCACUCUAAAACUCGGUAAACGGAUGUACUUUGAGAGUUCUAAUGCACUAGAAAGUGAUCCCAAAAACUUGUCUAUUUUUGGGGAUUCUAUGUCAACUUUGAGUAUUGGUAAGAAAUGUAAGUCCGAUGGUCGGAACUUACAAUGUUGGCGCUGUCAAGUGGAAGGUUGUGGCCUUGACCUUUCAUCAGCGAAAGAUUAUUAUCGCAAACAUAAAGUUUGUGAAAGUCAUUCCAAAUCUCCUAAAGUGGUUAUAGCUGGUUUGGAACGACGGUUUUGCCAGCAAUGUAGCAGGUUCCAUGCUCUUUUUGAGUUCGAUGAAAAAAAGAGAAGCUGUAGACGACGUCUUUCACAUCACAAUGCAAAGCGCCGUAAACCCCGUCCUUCUGAUGUUGUUCAGUCAAGUCAAUCAGCUCUGUCGUCUUCACGAUGUGAUGAUGAGCUACAGAUGAGUCCAUUUUCGUAUUCAAAGACUGCUACAAAUUUAGCUAUGCAAAACAUAGACAACAACAACAUGCUCCUCCAAACAAAAGAUUUUCUCUUGAAGCCUGCAAAUGAUAACAUUGACACACCAAGUACUGUCACUAUGCUUUCUGACGAUUCUAAUGUCAAUUUUACAUCCAAAGUCAUUGCAACCAAGAGUAUCAAUCCAGGUGUAGAAGAUUUCAUUACCUUUUCUGAUACAAAUGCAACACAAGACUUUACUUGUGCUCUCUCUCUUCUGUCAACCAAUCCGUGGGAUUCAUAUGCGACUGAAUCUAUUUCUCUAGAACAUUCUAAUCGUACUAGCAGUUGUGCUCAAGCCCUAACACAUGCAAUGAGUCAGGGUACUCCGCUCGCUUCACCAGAAUAUAUUAGUGAACAUGAUCACCAUGUCAAUUCCAGUAUGUGGAUGUCAGACUCAAACUGUGAAGAAAGCAAUCACUUUCAAGAAUUUCAACUGCUGAGAGAACCUUAUGAAUCUGGUUUUCAUCAGUUGGAUUAAAAUGAAUGUUCUUACCCCAAAUAGUUUCAAUCCAACCACUUUACAAACAAAAGAUUCCAUCUCAUGAUUUCUGAUAUCUAGGACCUAAUUUUUUUGUAAUGACUAUGUUUAUUAUGUCUCAUUUCUCGUGGUAUCAAACAAUACGGGAAUCAGUUCUGGAAAUUUUUUUUGUGAUGAUAUUUUUAUAAUUCCAUUUGAAAAUAUGUUUUCUGAGACCAAAAUAACCCUUAUCAUCAUCUGUUAUUUAUAUAAUCUUAAUAUUCGUUCUGUUCUAAUGGGAAAUCAAGACCCUUGAACUUGAAUAAUCUCUCUAGUUGCCUGGUGUAGAAAGUUGACAUUUUCGAACAGUGUUAAUCACCUUAAUUAUUUCUAGUUCAUUAGUCAUAGCUUUAAUUCAGUUGCAUAAGUUAUUGUAAGUUGUAACCACUCCUAUUAUUGUGCAAAUUGGUUAUGACUACAGAUGUAUAUAUACCAAUCAUCAUCCCACAUCAAUGAAAUUUAGUUUUGAUGAAAUAUUUUCUUAUAAGCUUUCAUUUUUAUUUCUCUUUAUGAGAAAUAUCAUUUUCAAAGGGUCCUAGGUAGGGGUGUUUAAACAACUGUCAAACCCAACUGAACCACUAAAUCAAACUAAACUGAAUUAAAAAUAACGAAUCAAACCAUUAACUCAAUAG